AUGACGAGCUGCUGCUGUUCCCCUUGCUGCCAGCCUACGUGCUACAGAACCACCUGCUGCAGAACCACCUGCUACCAGCCCUGCUGUGAUGAGUCCAGCUGCUGCCAGCCCUGCUGCAGUGGGUGUGACUGCUGCCAGCCCUGCUGCUGUGGAUCCAGCUGCUGCCAGCCCUGCUGCAGAACCAUCUGCUAUAGGACCGUCUGCUGCCAGCCCUGCUGCUGCGGAUCCAGCUGCUGCCAGCCUUGCUGCCAGCCUACAUGCUGUCAGACCACCUGCUGCAGGACAAUCUGCCAGCCCAUUUGCUGCGGCUUGUGUGGUGGACAAGGCGGAAGUAGCAGUGGCUGUGGAAAGCCAUACAGUAGACAAGAGCAAGAACCUUCAAAUGACAAGGGAGACAAUGAAGGUUCCCAGGGGACUAGGAACCUACCCUCCACACCUAACACCAUGACCAGCUGCUGCUGUUCCCCUUGCUGCCAGCCUACGUGCUGCAGAACCACCUGCUGCCAGCCCUGCUGUGGUGGAUCCUGCUGCCAGCCCUGCUGCAGAACCACCUGCUGUAGGACAAUCUGCUGCCAGCCCUGCUGCUGCAGGUCCUGCUUCUGCCAGCCCUGCUGCUGUGGAUCCAGCUGCUGCCAGCCUACGUGCUGUGAGACUACCUGCUGCAGGACCGUGUGCUGCCGACCCACUUGCUAUGGCUCCUGCUGCGGUGGACAAGGUGGAAAUGGCUGUGGCUGUGGCAGUGACUGUGGCUGUGAUGGCGGCUGCUGCGCUGAUCAAUUCCCCAGACAACCAUCCUGGUCACAGGACACUGACUUGCCCAUGGGGAUACAGAUUCGCUGA